UAAUGCAGCUCUGACAUCUGCCUGUUCCUCUGCUCGCCACACAAUCAGAACCCUCAAGUCUUCUAGCAGCGGCUCACCCACAGCACUAACAUUACCUUCAAUGUAAAAAUAUGCCUAUUUGCAGUCACUUCUGCCACUGCCACCAGCAACAGAGCCUGAGUUGCAACGAAAAUACAGUGCUCACGAUCAAGGGUGUUUGUUUUUAAAACUGUCAAGCUAUGGUGGACUAUUAUGAAGUUCUAGGAGUGCAGAGAUAUGCGUCACCAGAAGACAUUAAAAGAGCUUAUCGUAAAGUAGCACUUAAAUGGCAUCCUGAUAAAAAUCCAGAAAAUAAAGAGGAAGCAGAGCGAAAAUUCAAAGAAGUCGCCGAGGCAUAUGAAGUGUUAUCAAAUGUCGAAAAACGGGACAUUUAUGACAAAUACGGCAAGGAAGGAUUAGACGGCAGAGGUGCAAGUCAUCUCGACGACGAGCGUGAGUACCGCUUCACAUUCCGGAAGGCAGACGAUGUCUUUAAAGAAAUUUUUGGUGAAAGGGAUCCGUUUUCAUUUCACUUCUUUGAGGACUCACUUGAGGACCUUUUAAGCAGUUCAAGAAGCUCCAGUGGAAAUAGAGGCAGAGGCACAGGAUCCCACUUCUCCCGUUCCUAUGACCACCCAGCGUUUUCCAGGCUCUCUUCUUAUGACACAGGAUAUUAUUCAUCUUAUGUUUCAUUGGGGCAUGAGGGCCUUACGUCAUUCUCUUCCCUGGCACUUGAUGAUACUGGGAUGGGCAACUAUAUACCCAUUACACCUUCAGGCAAAGUUAUUAAUGGAAGAAAUAUUAAUACAAAGAAAACUUUUGAGAACCGUCAAGAAAGAGAAGCUGAAGAUGACAGUGAGUUGAGAUCCUUUCUUGUAAAUAGUGUGGCAAAUGAAGAGGAUUUUACAGACAAAUGUAACUGGAGAAGACGGUCGCUCAACAAUUACUCACCAAACCCCUAUAACUCCUCAAAUACAACUCAAUAUACUCUGGUGGACAACAAUGAACAAGGAACACCUUGGGUCACCAACAAGAAGGAGCCUUCCAUUUUCUCAGCAGGAUUUAAAGAAGGUGGUAGGAGGAAAAAGAAGAAGCACAAAGAGGGGCAGAAGAAGAAGUCCAACAAAAGGAAUCGCUAAUUGACUGUCUAGACACAUUAUGAUCAUAUAACAUUUGAACA